AUGCCGGAGAAAUCCUUCAAAUGUUUGGGAAGAUGUUUUUUGUGUUUUGCCAAGAAUCUGGUUAUGAUACCAUCUUGCGUGUGUUGGGAUCAAAUGUUAGAGAGUUUUUACAAAAUCUUGAUGCUUUGCACGACCAUCUUGCAACAAUAUAUCCAGGUAUGCGUGCUCCUUCCUUUAGAUGCACAGAUGCAGAAAAAGGGAAGGGCCUCAUUCUGCAUUACUAUUCAGAGAGGGAAGGACUCCAAGAUAUUGUCAUUGGAAUCAUCAAAACAGUUGCUCAACAAAUUCAUGGCACAGAAAUAGAUAUGAAGGUUAUUCAACAAAGAAAUGAAGAGUGUGACCAUAUUCAGUUCUUAAUCGAAGAAAAAGAAUCUAAAGAAGAAGAUUUUUAUGAAGACCUUGACAGAUUUGAAGAGAAUGGUACUCAAGAGUCUCGCAUCAGUCCAUACACAUUUUGCAAGGCUUUUCCUUUCCAUAUUAUAUUUGAUAGAGACCUAGUUGUCACUCAGUGUGGAAAUGCUAUAUAUAGAGUCCUUCCCCAGAUUAUUGUAUUCUGUGCUUCCUCCAUCUGUGGCCAAUGAACUGAGACACAAGCGUCCUGUACCAGCAAAACGUUAUGAUAAUGUGACUAUAUUGUUUAGUGGCAUUGUUGGUUUCAAUGCCUUCUGCAGUAAACAUGCCUCUGGAGAAGGAGCUAUGAAAAUUGUCAAUCUUUUAAAUGAUCUUUAUACAAGAUUUGAUAUUUUGACUGAUUCACGAAAAAAUCCAUUUGUUUAUAAGGUUGAGACAGUUGGAGACAAAUAUAUGACAGUAAGUGGCUUGCCAGAACCAUGCAUUCAUCAUGCACGUUCUAUCUGCCACUUAGCAUUGGAUAUGAUGGAAAUAGCUGGGCAAGUUCAAGUUGAUGGAGAAUCUAUUCAGAUAACAAUAGGCAUUCACACUGGAGAAGUGGUCACAGGUGUCAUUGGCCAAAGGAUGCCACGUUAUUGUCUUUUUGGGAACACAGUAAAUCUCACAAGUAGAACAGAAACGACAGGUGAAAAAGGAAGGAUCAAUGUCUCCGAAUAUACUUACAGAUGUCUGAGAACUCCAGAAAACUCAGAUCCACAGUUCCAUCUAGAACACAGAGGCCCUGUUUCCAUGAAGGGUAAAAAAGAACCAAUGCAAGUUUGGUUUUUGUCCAGGAAGGGGACAGAGGAAGUAACACAUGAUACUAACUGAGCCAGAUGAAAUGCUGGAGAAGAACAGAGUGAACCCUGUCCUGCCAUUUAUCUAGUCUGGCAGUAUCAGAUAUGAGUGCAGUUGCUUCAAUUUUAUGUCCAAUUCCAUAAUAAGCAGUAAUUCUUACAUCAAGUUUCCUGCUUUUCCUGCUUUUCCUGCUUUUUGUUCAGUUUGCAUUUGAUAUUAUAGUAUUUAUGCUGUACGUAUGUUUCAAUAUCUUUUGUCUUCCUUCCCGUGUUAUGAACAUAAAUAAUCCAUGCAAAUGCUUGCUAAUCAUAAAAUAUUUCACACAUAUGCUUUUCAUCUCCAUAUUUAAUGACUUAGCAUCAUUAUCUUUAUGCAUAUGUAUUCAAAACUGUUUCUGCAAGAGAAAUUGUGAUACUAAGAAUCAUAAACCCAGAGAAUUUAUAAACGUUUGACAAUUAUCAAUGUACUAAUCCAUCUGUUUCUUCCAAUCUGCUUUUAUGAUGUAUUGCAGUAAUUCUAUUAGAUAGUUUCUGCAUUGUUAGUCUUUUACUAUGUAUUUGCUGUUAUUUGAAGCAACAUAUACAUUUUCUAUAUGGAAGAGAAAUGAAGGUUGUUUAAUGUAAAGUUUAUGGAAAUAAAAAGCAAUUUCUACUCUUAAACUGAUCAUAUUAUUAUGCAUAGGGUAAUUAGUUAUCAGAUGUUUUAUGUGCAUAAAUAUUGCAGAUGUUUAAAUUAGGAAUGGAAAGACUUUCACAGAAAAAAUCCAGAUGUCCUAUUUUAUCAGACUUGGGGCAAAUGUUUUGGUCCCUACUCUGAUUUAUUUUGGAAGCAUGUCUCAUAUCUAUCCAAUAUGUAAAAAAGGGCCAUUAUACAAACCAAAAAGCAGCAAAUUGCUUUAAAAACAUUACUUUAACAACAUAUAUUAAAGGAAAUUCCAGUAUGUGAGUGCUAGUAUGCUUUGAUCUGUAAAAAUUUUAACUUGAAAAUAUGCAGAUUUUUAAAAAUCUGGUCCUUUCUUAUGUAACCUUUCUAGAAGUCCUGGUUUAGUUUAGUUUUUUCAAUAAUUUCACUUGUGUCAGAGCACUGAAAGCUAUUGUGUUUUAAUAAUACAGGUUUCUAAACCUUCAGAAAAUAGCAUUUGAUAUAUAUUGUACUACUCUCUUAUCUUUCCAAGCUUAUAAUGGCAAGAACAGGAAAAAAAUAUAAUUUUGUUUCAAGUUGCAUCUGGGUGGAAUCUUGAUGAUGCAGUUCUGCAAAACAUCUUUUCUACUGUUUAUCCAUAAGUAAAACAAUUCAUGUAUAAGUAGUGAAACCUUUCAAAUUAUCUUCAUUUUAUUGCUUAAAGGCAAUAAAAUUAUAUGUGGAUGAAUCAGAUUCAUCAUGUGUUCAUAUAUAAUGGAAACAAUGCUUAUGUAAACAGCAUUUAUAUUUCUAUAAAGUACUGAUUAUUUAUCCAAAUGUCAAAUAUAUCAAACUAAUAAAUGCAGUUUAGAUAUGUUGUAGAGAAUAAUAUAUCAGUUUAAACUAAUUUGAUAUUUAAAUCUGUAUUAGAUAUAAAUGAAUAAAUCAUUGUUUGUGAAGUUGCAUUCUAGGGAUCAGUUGGGAUUGUAGUUACUGUACUAGCCCUCCUAUCUGAGCUGUGCAAUUGCUUCCCGUGGCAAAGCUUGUAGUAGUGCAGUUUCCUAGACUCAAGCACUCCCCCACAUGGAAUCUGAAAUGGCUCAAAAGUGACUCAAAGGUUCAUGGCCACCAUGAGCUUAACCUAGAUUAUCAAGGACCCAAGAUAUACUGUUGGUCACAUGCUGGAGCUGGCUUUUUUUGUGCUCAGAACACUCUUGGGGACCUUAUGGAUCACCACUCCUGCCCUCUGGAAUAGCAUUACUACUGAGAUCCAUUUAGCCCUGACCCUGCUGUCCUUCAGGAACACAUUAAAAGCUUGACUUUUCCAGAAGGCCCUGAAUCAAGGCAAUUGAUGAACUGCUUGAAUGACUUCUAUUUAAAUAUUGUGUAUUCUCCAAUUGUUGACAUUGUAUUUGAUCUUGUGUUGUUUUGUUUUGUUUAAAGAUGCUUUUAAUCUA